AACAGCUUCGUGCAUCGCAUCGCAAGGUAUUGCAUUACAAAGACGGGUGAACCGCCUUUCCCAACAACGUUUUCAACAGCUGGUUUACAAUACAUGAAAAGGACAACAGAAGCAACCCUGAAAACAGUUUUGUGGAAUUUUGAUUGUCCAUAAUGAAGAUAUGAUCCAACUUUGAAUUUUGGAUUUUUUUUUCUCAUGGACUGGGGCGACUGGUCUUUGUGUCUUUUAGAUCUGGUCACUUCCUUUCGUGUGACCUUGGGCCUGUCCUGUUCAGCCACGUCCCCUUCAUGCUCGGACGAUGCCAUCGGACAAGUCUGCCUCGGAUGCGCCAGUCUUCCAGUUUAUCAACUGCCGGAUUCUGAAGAACCAUGAAUUACAAAGAGAGGACUUGUGGGUGAGAGAUGGAAAGAUCCUUAACCCCGAGAAGCUUUUCUUUGAGGAGAAGAAGUCUGCAGAUGUCCAGCUUGACUGCAAGGGCAGCAUCAUCGCCCCCGGCUUCAUUGAUGUGCAAAUCAACGGAGGUUUUGGAGUGGAUUUUUCUCAGGCCACUGAAGAAGUGGGAGCAGGAAUCUCCCUGGUUGGCCAGAAGAUCCUGUCUCAUGGAGUGACUUCUUUCUGUCCUACCCUGGUGACUUCCCCACCAUCUGUAUACCAGAAGGUUCUGCCGCAGAUCUCCGUGAGAAACGGGGGGCCCCAUGGAGCGGGCAUUCUCGGGGUUCAUCUGGAGGGUCCUUUCAUCAGCAAGGAAAAGAGAGGGGCUCACCCGGAGCAGUACCUUCGCACCUACGAGGCAGGUGCCUUCCAGGAUCUGCUUGCCACCUAUGGGUCCUUGGACGGUGUCCGGAUUGUCACCUUGGCCCCUGAGAUUGGACGCAGCAGUGAGGUGAUCCGCGAGCUCUGCAAGCGGGGCAUCUGUGUGUCACUAGGUCACUCCAUGGCCAACCUGUCUCAGGCCGAGGAGGCUGUCCGGCACGGGGCCACCUUCAUCACACACCUCUUCAAUGCCAUGUUACCUUUCCACCACCGGGAUCCUGGGAUCGUGGGGCUCCUCACCAGUGACCAGAUUCCCCCAGGCCGGCAAGUGUUCUAUGGCAUGAUAUCAGACGGGAUCCACACAAAUCCUGCAGCUCUGCGAAUCGCACACCGGGCUCAUCCUAAAGGGCUGGUCCUGGUGACAGAUGCCAUCACUGCCAUGGGGCUUGCCCCAGGCAGACAUACCUUGGGCCAGCAAAUGGUGGAAGUACAUGGCCUGAAUACCUACAUUGCAGCUCCCUCCCUGUAUUCCAGAUGCCUUUGGGAUGGUGUCGUGCUGAGACAUAAUGGGAUGGAUUCCUCCCCCUCACACACACACUAUUGCUGAAGCCUGGAGAAAUAACCCAUGAACAACUUACAUUUCUAGGUGAAUACACAACAGCAACCCAUGGUUUCAACAAAACAGACUUCACAAUCUGACAACAAACCAUGGGUUGUUCAUUGUUAACAAACCAUGGUUAGUUAGCAUGGCUGCAUUCACACAUAGCCACCCAGAAUUCAACAAUCCAACAGAAUUCAACAAUCCAAACCAUCAAUAAGUAUUAUGCAUGAAUUAGAUCACUGUGUGUGUGAUUUUGAAUCGGGGAGGAUUUUGCUGCUCUAACUUGAUGGAGAUCUGAUUUUGCAACUGUUUUGAUUUACAUUUAGUGAUUUUUUUAAAGUAUGCCAUGUUAAUUUUAUAUGCUGUAUAAAUAUCUGCACAGUUUUCCCAACAGGAAAAAGUAGUUGAAUUCAAAAACUUAAUUAAGGCAGUGGGAAAGUUCCAUAAAGGAACCUUACAGUGCAAUCCUAUUUGUGUCUGUUCUUACAUUACAUUUAUACCCCACCUUUCUUGCUUUUGCAAGGAAUUCAAGGUGGCUUACCAGACUCUUGUCCUCUCCAUUUUAUCCUUACAACAACCCUGUGAGGUAGCAUAGGCUGAGAGCUAGGGACUGGCCCAAAGUCAACCCCUGAGCUUGAUGGCUGAGUGGAGACUACAAACUGGAUCUUCUGUAUCCCAGUCCGAUACUCUAACCACUAGGCAAUGCUGGCUCUCAGAAGUAAGUCCCAUUAGGUUCAGUGGGGCUGACUCGCAUAUCAGUAACCACAGGAUUGCAGUUUUAGGGUUAUGCAAAUUGAGGAUUAUGUAAUCCUAUGCAAAUUGGGAUAGAAGAAGGCCUACAGCUCCUGGCUGUUUGGGCUGAGGCAUGCUAGGAAUUGUAGCUCUUCUGUAUUUUAACUCACACAGGACUGUGCCUUUCGUGUUGUUUCACUGCACAUUCAGAUGUACCCAAAGCAAUAUUUGGACUUUUACUUUUUUUUUUUUGCAUUGGAACCCUGGCAACUUUUUUAAAACAGGACAACUCAACAGCACAUGAUUCCCUUAACUUUUACUUUGAGGUGGAUAGCACAGUCAUGUUGGCUUGGAAGUCCCAUUUGGAUUAUACAUUCUCCUUUUUUAAAACAUGAUGAUCCUCCUUUUCGG